UUUGAGAGUGGGUGAACAGAUUAGAAAAUAAGCAAGCCACUUUUUUUCCUGUGAUACUACGUUCCCCUGGUAACGUGAGGCGUUCACACUGUCCCUCUUACAUCUGUAGUCAGAUGUAGGACACAGUCUGACCCCCUCUCUGCGUGUCUCAGUAUUUCUAAGUGGCCCGCUGAAGCAACUAUACACCACCUUGCCUCUUUUACCAGAAUGCAUCUUACAACAGAGGAGAAGAUAGAGCUGGGGUUCAAUCCUGCAUUUUCGGGCAGUGAUGAACAGCCACAUUUGAGAGUCGACAUUGUGGAGCAACCAAACGCUGAAGCCCUGGAGGAGACCAGGGACAAAGGUGUAGAAUUGGUCUACUCCCUUAAUGACAGGCCACCAUGGUACCUCUGCAUUCUGCUUGGCUUCCAGCAUUACAUCCUUGCAUUCGGUGGCAUCAUUGCAGUCCCAUUGAUCCUUGCUGAGCCACUUUGCAUAAAAGACAAUAAUGCUGCCAAAAGUCAACUAAUUUCUACAAUCUUCUUUGUUUCGGGUUUAUGCACACUCCUGCAAACAGCUGUUGGAACCAGGUUACCAAUCCUCCAGGGUGGGACCUUUAGUUUCAUCACUCCAACUCUGGCCAUCCUUGCCCUGCCAAAGUGGCAGUGUCCAGGCCCAAAUGCUCCUGUGAUGCAGUCCAUGCAGCUGCAGAAUGGUACCAUUUCCCCAAUGGAUGACUCUGAUGAGGUCUGGAUGUCACGAAUGCGUGAGAUCCAGGGGGCCAUAUUGGUGUCUUCCCUCCUUCAGAUUACCCUGGGCUUCUCUGGGCUGGUGGGUCUUGUUCUGAAAUUCAUUGGGCCACUGGCUAUUGCUCCUACUAUCAACCUUAUUGGCCUGUCUCUGUUCAUUGAAGCUGGAAAGAAAUGUGGAGGUCAUUGGGGAAUAGCUGCUCUCACAGUCUGCCUGAUCCUUCUCUUCUCCCAAUAUCUCAGCAAAGUUGAUGUUCCAAUGAUCGCUUAUAAGGAUAAGAAGUGGAAGGUUUUCCAGUAUCCUCUUUUCAAGCUAUUCUCUGCUUUGUUCGGGAUGUGUGGUGGCUGGCUGGUCUGCUUCUUACUGACUAUCUUCGACGUCCUACCUUCAAAAUCUGAUCAGUAUGGCUUCUCAGCUAGAACUGACAUAAGCUUGGAGGCUGUAACAAACUCGCCAUGGUUCCAUGUACCCUACCCAGGCCAAUGGGGUUUACCCACAGUAAGUUUGUCCUCAGUGUUGGGUAUGAUGGCAGGCGUCUUGGCAUCAACCAUGGAAUCGAUUGGCGACUACUAUGCCUGUGCUCGAUUGUCUGGUGCUCCUCCUCCACCAACACAUGCCAUCAACAGAGGAAUCGCAGUGGAGGGAAUAGGCUGCAUCCUGGCAGCACUGUGGGGAACUGGAAAUGGCACCACCUCCUACAGCCAGAACAUUGCUGCACUUGGAAUUACCAAGGUUGGUAGUAGACUGGUCCUGCAGACAACUGGAAUUCUGAUGAUUGUCCUGGGGAUUUUUGGGAAGUUCGGAGCAGUUUUUAUUACCAUUCCAGACCCUGUUAUUGGAGGAAUGUUCCUUGUUAUGUUUGGAAUGAUUGCAGCUGUGGGGAUAUCUAACCUCCAGUAUGUUGAUCUUAACUCUUCUCGCAACCUCCUCAUCCUCGGCUUUUCAACCUUCAGUGGAAUAAAAGAGUUGGACCAAGUGAUCGUUGUGCUCUUCACCACUCAUAUGUUCAUCGGUGGAUUCUUUGGAUUCAUCUUGGAUAAUACGAUUCCAGGCACUGAAAAAGAAAGGGGCAUCAAGAAUUGGCAGGACAAGGUGCACGAGCAAGGCAAAAGCUCUUGUGACCUAUCCUGCUAUGAUAUCCCAUUCUGCAAAGGUUUCUUGAAAAGAUUUAAAUGUUUCCAAUAUCUGCCCUUCCUUCCUUCUUAUAAGACCUCAAAGGAAGGGGAAUCCCAGUAAGGAGGGUGGUAUCUCUCUAGGCACCUCUGAUGCUGCCUUACACUGAGAAAAGCAAAGUGGAGAAAUCUCAAUACAUUGGCAUUUAAUUUAACAUGAGUACUUUUUUCAAUAAUAUGGAGAGUGCACAGUCUUUACUAUAUUACUUUUACAUGGUUAUUGAUGAUAUGAAACCUUGCAAUGGAGCAGUUAGGCGCAUACGGUGACAACUUUAUGCUCCGGUUCUGUUCCCACAUUCCCAUACAGGCAGGUUUGUUGAUUUUAACAAAUUAAAUAUAAAGCAUUUAAUCCCUAAAAUUAUUGAAAGCUGGUGCUAGUUCUGAUUAUAGUUAUUUUAGAAUUAGCAUGAUUUAAACAUGUGAAGAUUAAUCAAAAGUGGUGUUGCUGAUAUGGGACUGGUCAGACCCUUCGUGUAAUAUAAGACAAAGAAAUUACCCAUAUAUUAUGUAAAUUAUAUCAAAUGUUUUUUGAUGUUUAAUAUUAUGUGUUUUGUGCAUAAUAAAAAGGAGCACUUCAACAAAGAUGUGCAGCUCUUGUUAGAGUUAUAAUUGUGUAAGCAAAAAGCAUCAUAAAUAUCAUAAAUAUGACCUGAAGAGCUGUGACAUUGAAUUGUGAAGAAUGCUUUCAAGAUUAUCUAUGUCAGCUUCAAUUAAAUGUAAUUUUUCAUUCAAUCUUGUUUUUAUAAUGGUCUUUUUUUUUUAAAUCAAUUUAAUUUUAUGAACAAAUAACAUGUAUUUUAAUCUAUAUACUGCACAUCAACCUUUUAGCUGUAACCCAUCUAUUUUUUAUGGGAUAACUUACUACCUCAUCAAGAACACUAACUUGUAGAAGAAGAUGAGUCAUCAUUUUUAUUAAACCAAAUAAGUAUAAUGUCAAUACUGACUGCUGUAUUUAAUGUAAUAAAAGUUACUUCUU